CUCCCUCACCCGCCUAUCCCCCUCUCCAUCCCCCUCUCCAUUCCCCUCUCCAUCCCCCUCCCCCCCGUCUGUACCCCCUCCCACCCCCCACCAUGUUCACCACCUCCACCACCGCUUCGCCCGAGAGCCUCAAGACCGACGCCAUGCCGCUGCUCCUCAUGGCGCCUUCGUGUGGCACCGACGGAGCCUUCGGCCUCCCCGACGCCCCGACGACCUCCACCUCCGCGCCCUUCACCGAGGCCGGGGCGGCGACGGAGGCGGGCGUGCCGGCGUGUCUGGGGGACGUGAACUGCACCAUGAUCACGGCGCAGCCAGGGGCGUCCAUCACCUCUCCGAUCCUGCUCAGUCUCAUGGGCGUGGCGGGACAAGUUUGGGCCUUAUGUUACCUGUACGGAAGCACGAGACGGCAAAAUGCACGUACAGUCUUCUACGUACUCCUCUGCACGUUAGUUUGGCUCCAUCUAUUGGGAAAAAUCCUAACUACGCCCCCUGCUAUCAUAUCAUAUGCCUACGGAACUUGGGUGGGCGGGCAGAACAAGGUAUAAUGUCCAACCGUUAGCAACACCGACUCAGCACCACCCAUCAACCCACAUAACACGAAUCUCAGAAAUACCCAACGAUACCCUUCCACCCCGCCACACACACACACACACACACACACACACACACACACACACACACACACACACACACACACACACACACACACACACACACACAGGACCUCCGUGGCAUGCAAUGCAAUGAAAUCCGGACGAAAUGAAACGAAAUCCAAUUCACAUACAAGUCGAGCGCCCCAAA